AUGUGCCCAGAAUUCAGAACUCAGCACCAACGCCGUUUAAGCACCACAUUAAACGCGCUUAUCACUGCCAAUGACAGCACUCUAUGCUUUCCGCAGCACUGUGCAGUGUCCCCCUGCCAAUCUCUCAUAGGCUGUGCUUUCUGUAGUAGGUUCCAGAAGGUAAUCCUUCCAGCUUCCCUCCGUGACCCAUCCUGUCUCAAAGCUCAAGUUGCCAGUUCCAGUUCUUUAGAUAUCUUCGUUCCUCCAGCGGGAGAACUGCGAGGCAGACACAUCUAUUAUGUAGUGCCCUCAACCUCAUCAGGGCAUCCCGAUUGCUCUCAUCUGGAAUUUGGAGUCCUUCGGCAGUGUUCCUGGACUGCAGGAGGCAAGAUCAAGGAUAUCCUCAGAAGAAAUACUCUUUCAAGUACUCAAGGACCUACCAACUCUUGGAAAGAGCUGCCCUUAGUUGAUCCCUCCGUGCCGGAACUGAGCACAAAAUUCUACCCAACAAGUCGACAUAUUCAUACAACACAGACACAACCCAUCACUCCAUUAUGGCUCAAUGCAAUAUUUCUGCGACUUAACGCCCAGAGCCUGAGAAACGAGACUCCCCUCCACCCGCCGCUGCAGCUCGCGAUGUGUUGUUACAGGUGGGAAAUUUGCAAGGCACACUUGAACACUAGGCUCGGUGUCAAAUCCACGAAAAUUGCCAAUCCUAGAGAGCGGCUUCAAGAAAACCGAAGAAUUUCUUUGCCCUCGACUCGUACCCUGUUCGAUACUGAUGAAAAUGGGGCUUCAACAAAAUACCGCAGGCUAGGCAGCCAGCCCCCUGACCGUCAGCACAGCGAAGUUGCCUUUUCGACAUCGGGUACGCCGAGUAUUGUCCUCAUUCGAUCCUUCGUCCGUCAAUCUACCUCCAAACAUCACUUGUGGGCUGAACCAAAACUGGCUGUUAGCAUCUCGGCUAGUCAAGUCACGCCGAAAAUCAUACGAGAGGCUACCAACGUACAACAAAGGCGGAGAGAAGAGACAAGUCCUUCAUACACACAUACAGGAUCAUUGUUCAAUACCGACGUCACGGCCGCUGAAGCGCUGCGUCAAGCACUUGAAAUCCAAGAUCACAUUCUUAGCCAGCACAAUCUAACCAGACCGAAACUUGACAUGAACCCAUUAAACCCCCCCAAAGAUGCAAGAUCAAGACCCAACCAAUUGCCCUUUACGCCAACAAACCAGCCAGAAUAA